AUGUCACUCGCUGAUUAUUUGGCUAAGAACUACCUGACUGCGGACUCACAGCCAGAAAAGAAAUCUAAAAAGCGCAAACGAAAGGAUGGAAUCUCAACCGGGCUUGUGAUUGCAGAAGAUGAUGUCUCCGGGUGGGGCAACGGUGGAGCGACCAGGAAUGAUGAAGAAGAUGCUCCUCUCACAGUCAACAAUACCAAGUCCGCCGAGUUUCGUCGCGCGAAGAAGUCUAGCUGGCAGACCAUCGGUACACCCGCUCCCACGAACAGCGAGCAAGCAGCAGCAGACACCAUCCUAGCCAACGCCGCCCACGAGAACUCCGCCCAGCAAUCAGCCGAGGCCGCAGAAGAAAACCCUGUCGUCGCCAACAUCAACGAGGCAGAUGUCCAGAAAAUGGAGUCUGGCGCCCACGCAGGUCUGCAAUCCGCCUCUGCCGUCACCUCUCAACUCGCCGCACGAGAGCGACACGAACGGCGCGAAGCGGAGCGCGCGAAAGCAGAGAUGAGCGAAAAGGCGGGGGAAACAAUCUACCGCGACGCAUCGGGGCGCAUUAUCAACGUGGCUAUGAAACGGGCGGAAGCAAGAAAGGCGGCUGAGAAGGAAGAGAGGCAGAAGAAAGAGGCAGAAGAGGCUUUGAAGGGAGAUGUACAGAAACGGGCGGCCCAGGAAAGGAGAGAUAAGCUGAAGGACGCGAAGUUCAUGCCGCUGGCGAGAGGGGAAGAUGAUGUGGAGAUGAAUGAGGAAAUGAAAGAGCGGCAGCGGUGGGGAGACCCGAUGGCUGGAUAUGGAGGAGGUGGUGAGGUGGCGAAGGCGAAGAGCGGAGCAAAAGGGAAGGCAAAGGGGAAGCCUAUCUAUCAAGGUGCAGCCCCGCCGAAUCGGUAUGGGAUACGGCCCGGUCAUCGGUGGGAUGGCGUUGAUAGAGGCAAUGGAUUUGAGAAGGAGUGGUUCAAGGCCAGGAACCAGCAGAGCAAUAUAAGAGAGUUGGAGUACCAGUGGCAGAUGGAUGAAUAG